AUGAUUCAUAAUCUGCUUAUUACCGGCGCUGCGGGGUACAUUGGAGGCUCAGUUCUAGCCGACUUUGUUGGCCGUUCAUCGGAUUCUGCCAUUGGCAAGGCAAAUAUUAGCGCCAUAGUCCGACGGGAAGAGCAGAUUGAAAGGUUGCAAAAGCUUGGUAUCACAGUGAUUUGUGUUGACCUUCUGGAUGAGGUUGCGAUACAUGAUAUUGUCCAGAGCCAUAAGAUUGAUACUAUUGUCCACUUAGCAAGUUCACAUGAUGCCCGCAUCGCAUCCUUCCUUAUCAAAGCUCUUGGUCGACGCGGCCAGGAUACGAGUACAGAGACACACUUUAUUCAUGCCUCUGGAACUACUGCUUUUGCCCCUGAAGCAGGUUGGCCGCUUGAUAUCACACAGGAUACAAGUGACAUAUAUCGAACAGAGAAGAAGAUUGCUUCCGAUAACGUAAUCCGGCUUACGGAUAUUACAGUAAUCGAAGAAGGCAAGGCUAAUGGCGUGGCGACAUAUAUCGUCGUGAUACCCUCUGUUUAUGGCACGGGCUCCGGAGAGUUUCAUACGCUUUCUAUUGCUUUGCCAAUGUUCGUCAGAGCCAGUGUAAAAGAUCAGAGAGUCUGUCGGUAUAAUAAAUCUGGGAAACCCGGCGCCGCCCACAUAUCUGACAUUGUCACUUUCUAUGGUCUGCUUGUAGAGAAAAUACUAGAGAACAAACCAGUGCCCAAAAAUGAGAACGGGUACUACUUUGCAGUGGCGCACAAGAUAUUGUCUCAGCAACUUAUGCAACAGAUUGCUGAGCGUCUUUAUGAUCUAGGGCUUGUGACGGAGCCAACAACUUACUUGUGGCCCAGUGACGAAACAGCUGGGGCUUCGCUCGGUCUUCCACCCCAGAUUGCGCAUCUUAUGGGCACUCAUAGCACAGAACUUGUACCGGUCAAACCCUAUGAACUUGGGUGGAAGCCCCAAUGGACUGAAGAAAAGCUAUUCCUGAAUUUGGGGCAGGAGAUCCGAGACAUAAUGGAACUAGACUCCGCAACAACAUGA